UGACCCAGUGCAAAUACAGCCUUGUCUGUGCUUCCUCUGUUUUUGACUUCACAAGGAAAGAGUAACUACUACCUGCUCCACGGUAGCAGAGAUGAAGUACAACUCCCACCUGCUCUGGCGAAUGCUGUUUUUCAUCGGUACAGUGUGGCUUAUUACAGAUUUUAUUGAAGCUGGAACUGCCGAUUGUAAAAAUGCUGAUUUAAGUGAUUUGAAUCAUCAGGUGAAGAAGUUUUCUCAGUGCUUCCUUGAAAUGCUUCCCGAUGAUAAGAGAACUGAAAUCAAUUCCCUUGCAUGGUCAUUGCAACAGGUACUUGAUCGCCUAAGAGAGGUUCAAGGGAAAGCUUGCAAUGCCUUCAUGCCAAAAAAUUGCACUGUCCCAGAGGCACCCAAAAAUGGUGGUCUUGUGUGUGUCAGCAUUGACAAUGUCCACUACUGCAAGCCAAUGUGUAACCAGGGUUAUGACUUUGGAUUUCUGAGACGAAGUAGAGUAUAUGAGAAAUGUGGAGCGUCUACUGGUUAUUCCUGGACAACACAACUAGUUGGUGGAAACAGGCUGGCUGAUUGUAUCUCCUCACCCAUUGCUGUGAGUGGAGUCAAGUCUGCAUACUUCCCCGCUCACAUGUGCUGUCAACAAACAAUAGCCAAUGCCACUGCUGAAAGCGAGCAGAUAGAAAUCUUCCUCAGAGAACUUGCUGAGGCUGAGAAGGAUGUCUCUCAGAAACGUGAAAUGGCAAUUGAUUGUAUAUUGUGUGGUAACUAGGUGUAUGGUUCAACAAACGUAGUGCAGGCAGGUGGGUUACUAUAUUUGUAAUUGCCAUAGGAUAUUUUAAAAGCUAAAGGCAGGUCAAUUCAUAUCAAUCUAAUGGGAUAGUUCUCAGAUCAAUGAACGUGGUAUUUUUAGGAAGGGUUGAAGAGCACAUCCAUCAUUUGAACUAACUUCAGCCCUUAGAUGCUCACAGAUAUGGAGUUUGCAUAGAAUUCAGAGCUGAAGCUAAGGCAGUAUGGUCUAUUUCCCAACAUGUGUAUCAUGCAAUAAAGAAAGUGUUCAGUUA